AUGUUUACCCCUCUGAUUAGAGACGCUGUUGCCCGCCAGAAGAUGUACAGGCCCGCCACUAAGAAUGAGUGGUGGUUUUGUGGGACUCUUUUGAUGCAAUUGUUCCUGGUCCUUAUCUUGGAAAUAUACAUCCUCGUUCAGUGGAAAUCGUGGGUCCAGCCCAAUAUCAUCCAAAUCGCCCCUUCCUACGUGAUUCCCGUGGGCAUGGGUAUUGUCAUUUUCGCAUGUGUUUACGAAGUCGGUCUAUCCCUGGAUGCAAUCCACCACAAAAACAAUAUUUCCUUGCUUGCUAUAUGCCUCACCAACGUCUGCAUUGUGGUGUAUGCAGUCCUGCAGUACAUUAAAAUGCGAGAUGUUACCUAUUCACUACAAGGAACAACCGACGGGAUGGGCAAUCACCUCGUGGAUUGGUCUCGGGAUAUCUGGCCAUCAAUGCAGCCGGCUGAAGUAGCUAUUCAGGCUGUUCUAGCCGUUUCUUCGCUCGUUAUCAUACCUGCUGCCUAUCGGCUACACACGGACUAUGCUUGGGCAAUUUAUAAAUGCAUCCAUGGCAGCCCAGAGCUGCGGUUGCGGUAUCUAGCCUACGAGAUCUACUUGGUCCUAAUUAAAUUCGAUUUCUUUUUCCUGACUGGCUUUAUCAUCCAGUAUGACCUGAUUGACGUGCAUUUCAUGGGGCCUGAAUAUUCCUUGACAAUGGCACUCAUUCCCGUUUCAUUACUGGUGAUGGUCGCCGGUACCUACUGCGUAAAGUCGGGGCUCAAACUUGCCUUGAUGGUUGUGAUCGCAUGCUACCUCGGAUCAAUUGCAUAUCUCCUUAGCCGGAUCGUUGCGCUUUGCGGUAACUCACUGCUCGGCAGAACUGCAGGCAAGGAAAUGAUGUUGUUUUUUGCCGCUGUCGCGUUGGUUCUUAUCGUACUGACUGUGGGGUGUGCAGUGCAAUGCAUCUUGAAUCUCAACUACGGGUUAAAGGUUGCUCCAGGCGACAGUCAAGGGCAACAGAGUUCUCAUGGUUUCCAAACACUUGCUGCGCCCAUGAGCCCUUCGUUUAUUCGCCGUUUAGACUGCAGUCCGUCGGACGUUGCGUCCGUCGAUCCUAUCUUUGAGCCACUUUCCUUCACAGGCUAUCUAGACACUAAACAUGCAAACACAACAAUACUGUCCUUAACGUUAAAGGGCAAUUAUGAGUCCCAUAAUUGUGAAGCCUUGGGCGGCGCAUUGGCGCGGAUGUCAAUUGAUGCUAGAGUGCUUGGUCGUUCGGUCGUCACUGAUGACCGCUUGUUGGAUUCCAGUGGUAUCUGCCCGGAGCUCUCUCCUAUCGAUUACCCAAGGUGGGAUCCUCGAACGUACGCAACGUACCGAGCCUCGUACUCAUUGGAUCAUGCGUACCGCAUGAACACCUUGGCCACGACCGUUCGCCUUCGGCUCAAUGACACCGAUAUUUUAUGUACCGCCGCUAAUAUCACCCCGUAUAUUGGCUCGACAGCAUCAGGCUUAUUGAAGGGGAUCCCGCUACUCAUCAUGAUUCUCACCGGGGUCAUAAGCGGUGCCCUCAUGAUCUGUCGACGUCGUGGACGAAGAGUUUUCCGGUACGAGCUCGCGAAUGCAUCACGGGAUCCGGCAGAGUCUUAUUUCCCGGGGAUAGGCGACUGCUUGCAGUACAUCCAGUUUGUCUUUCUGACGGGAUGUUUGACGCUAUCCUAUCCUGGGUUCUUCCGGGCAUCAGUAGGCGAGCUCGCCUGGUCAUCACUCAUUCUAAGAAACUGGCCCGUCACACAUCAGUUCAUCUACCCCGGUGUUGAAGACAAUAUUUACGCCGUAAAUGCGACUUACGGCUUCGAAGAGAUGGCCCAGUAUCUUGGGGCAACCACGAUGAGUGAUCUCUGGACCAACGCCGUCGUCAAUCUUGCCCUAGUCAUUCUCGGAGUUAUAGUGGCAGCCCAAAUCAUAUGGUUAAUCAAAUGGGCCUGGCAGCUGUUUCCAACCCGCGGCUCAACUCAUGUGAUAGAUCUUCCAACGGAGUUCCUCACCCACAUCCAGCACGUGGGCUGGAGUGUCGCACGGAUCCUCCUGAACUACUUUCUCCAUCCCAUCGUUGCGUUAUCUCUCUACCAAACACGCUUGGCCACAUGGUUUCCCGUUUAUCGCACAUUUCUCGCUGUGUCCUUCGUCGCAGCUUUGGCCGCAUCGUUGGCAUUUAUCGUUCGUUACUUGGCCAAGGACGACCGACAAAACACCUUCUUCAACAAGGGCUCCUACCCCAGAACCUCGUCCCAAGACUGGCUUUCUGAUACGUUAUACAUGGUCCCGUUCCUGCGGGGCUUAGCUAUCGGCGCCCUACAAACGUCUGGACUCGGUCAGAUACUCGUUCUCAUAUCCUGUGAGAUCUUUAUCUUGGCCUGUCUGCUAUGGAACUGGCGGGCACAACGGGCCUGGAGACAUGCUUGCUUCGCAACCGUCCGCCUGGUCAUUAUCGGGAUGAGCUGUGCAUUCCUCCCUAGGGCCGGCCUGCGUGAGGGAAACAAAGCCUUAGUGGGAUACUUUAUUAUAUCCCUACACGCUGCCGUCCUGUUCACCGGAUUCCUCGUCGAUUGCGUCUACGAGAUGGUCCGGUUUUCCUUGUCGAAAAUGGGCAUCAUCGAUCCCCGUCCAGCCGACCUGGAUCAUCACUCUGAUAAAGCUCCUGUCUUUGGCAUCGGCCAACUCUCCCGACGCUCAACCCGCCGCAUGUCAUUUGCACGUCUCCCCGCCCUAAACCCAGCAGAAAUCUCAAUCCCCUACACUCAACGACCCUCAACCCCCCGCCGACCAUCUUUUCUAGGUGACCUCCCUACCAGAGACGAGUAUUCGUCUUUCUUCCGCGCCCCAAGAUCAGAAACCACCUCCAUCCGCUCAGCCUGGAGCGUCGUCUCUCCCUCGUCACCACCUCAAUCCGAAAGUGAAUCCCGCGGCUCCAGCAUGGAAUCUGUGGAAUUGGAAGCUCUGGAUUUGGAGUCUAAAUCGAGUAGACAUGUGGAUUACUCUUAUCGUGAGGCAGAUCAGUAUUAUGGUCGGCCGCCGACUUCUGCGCCGGUUGUUCAGAGUAUGGGGCAGAGUCGGGGUGAAUCUUCGAACCGAGGGAAGGAAAAGAAGAAGGGACCUUGGAGCUGGAAAAGGAAGCAGAAGGAGAAGGGGUUUGAGGUUAUUAGACCGAAGCGGACAGUUGAUCAGUAA